AUGGCAACCGCUGCGACAGUAUCUACCCCCCUCAAGUCCCACGCCGGACUCUUCUCCUCCCGCACCGCUGGCGGUCGCAUGCCCCUCACACCUUCACCCCGUCAACGGUCAUCAACGACGACCGUUGCUGUGAACCUGAACUCCUCUCCCUUCACUCCGGAGCACAAGUCAGGCAAUGAGAGGUACUGCACGCAGGCCAAGUCGGUAUACGGAGGCAACCUUUCUGCACACCUUGCCAAGUCCUCGUCCAAGGGCGCCCACCGCGACUCCCCCAAAUCCAACAUCGCCCGCGGUGUCUCCACCCCGAGGAAAGCCCUCGAGCUGGGUGUCUCAGACUUCACUCUGACCGGUACCGGCCAGCACACCAAGACCCCCUCGAGCGCCCGAUCAAAGAAGGCCCCUCUUAGGCAAAAGUCGACCAAGACUACCCUGAGCUAUGCUGGUGACCGCUUCAUUCCCAACCGCACGGCCAGCUCCGCUAUUGCUAAUGUUGGAUCGGGGAAGCUGGAUCUUCAGGACAAGCAGCGACCCAAGAGCAGUGGUGAGGCGUCGGCUGUGCUUUCCUCUGCCACUGAUGAUGCCAUCGCUGCCCUCGAGGGCCUGAGCAUCGACGACGAGGAGCCCGAGUUCUCUUCGCGCCCUUCACCCAACACUGCUGCUUACCAAGAUUCGCUCGCCAAUGCUUGCGGCGUCAACCUGAACACUCGAAUCCUUCAAUUCAAGCCUGCCCCUCCCGAGUCGUCCAAGCCUAUCGAUCUGCGCCAGCAGUACAACCGUCCGCUCAAGCCCGCCAAUGCUAGCUCCGCUCAGUUCCGUCGCCGCGUGGCUACUGCCGCUGAGAAGGCUCUGGACGCCCCUGGUCUGAUUGAUGACUACUACCUGAACCUGCUUGACUGGUCGUCUGGCAACCAGGUCGCUAUUGGUCUUGAGCGCAGCGUCUACAUCUGGUCCGCUGAUAAGGGUAGCGUCAGCUGCCUCCUCGAGAGCAGUGCGGACACCUAUGUCAGCAGCGUCAAGUGGUCUGGGGAUGGUGCUUACGUCGGCGUAGGCCUUGGUACUGGCGAGGUUCAGAUCUGGGAUGUCGCCGAGGGCAUCAAGGUCCGCAGCAUGUUCGGACACGACACACGUGUCGGCGUCAUGGGCUGGAACAAGCACAUCCUCUCCACUGGUUCCCGCAGCGGACUGGUCUUCAACCAUGACGUUCGCAUCGCAGAGCACAAGAUUGCUGAGCUCGUCUCCCACACUUCCGAGGUCUGCGGCCUGGAGUGGCGCUCUGAUGGUGCUCAGCUUGCCACUGGUGGCAACGAUAACCUCGUCUCCAUUUGGGAUGCCCGUUCCCUGGCCGUUCCCAAGUUCACCAAGACCAACCACAAAGCCGCUGUCAAGGCCUUGGCCUGGUGCCCGUGGAACAUGAACCUGUUGGCUACCGGAGGCGGCUCGUACGAUCGCCACAUCCACUUCUGGAACUCCACCUCGGGUGCCCGUGUCAACAGCAUCGACACUGGCUCGCAAGUCACCAGCCUUCGCUGGAGCCCUCACUACCGUGAGAUUGUCAGCUCCAGCGGCUUCCCCGACAACUCUCUCAGCAUCUGGAGCUACCCCACUCUCGUCCGCAAUGUCGAGAUCCCGGCUCACGAGAGCCGUGUUCUCCACAGCUGCAUCAGCCCCGACGGCCAGAUGCUCGCAACUGCCGCCGCCGAUGAGAGCUUGAAGUUCUGGCGACUCUUUGAGAAGAAGGCUGGCGCCGGUGCCGGUGUUGGUGGUGCUGGCUCGUCCAGCAAGGCAGACAUGGCCAAGCAGAUGACCAUUCGAUAA